AUGUCGAUGACAUUGAAGGAGGAAGAACCUCCCGAAAUUUACAGGGAAGCUAUACUUUAUCGUGAAUGGGGCUAUCAACUGAUUGCUCUGGGAAGAUGUUUCUUGGCCAUAGAUUAUUUCGAAAAAUCGUCCAAAUCAGCCAAGAUCGAGAACCUAAGAACGUUAAUCGGUCUCUACAAAGCGCUCAUCAAGUGCACGAAAUAUUUCGCGGCGGAAAAAUUGUCAGAGAAAUGUAUGAUAACAGAUCCUGGCCAUUAUAAAGUGCGGCAGAUGCGAAUGGAGGCGCUUUUCCAGAUCGGUGAGUUCAGUCACAGUCUGGUUCACGCCUACGAGGGUAUGCGGCGGCACGGGAUGACUUUUGAGCACGGCGUCUAUCAGGCAAACGAGACCAUCGAAGAUUGCAUCGGGCGGAACACGUCGCCCAUCGCGCUGCUGCUGCUCUACCCGUGGAUACGGCAUCUGUGGAAGCACCGUGAACUCCUACUCGGCAAGCUCGAGGAGGAGGAAGACGAGCUUGCAGGUAUUGCGGAGGGCGAGGUGAGAUUCAAAGUGAACGAUCCUGAAGUGCAACAGCAGGCGCGAAUGAAACGACUGCAUCGCAUUAUAGCGAAAAUAAAUAUGGGUUACUUGAUAAUCGAUAAGGAUUUUCUUGAGAAGAUUGUAAAUCGGCCGGAGACCGUGGCUUCACCAAGCAAAAGGUCGAUUACCGAACUGCUUACCCUCGUGAAUACGUGCUACCGUAAUGUGAUGUACUUGCAGGAUCUUCUGCGUAUGAGACGGCCGUUCUAUAUUACCUUCUUUCGACGACGCAAGAUUCCGAAGGGACACAGAAUAAUGCUAAAACAGGAGCGAAAAUUGCGAAAGAACAUCGUUAUCAUAAAGGCGGAUUUUCUUUUGCGCCUCUUACAAACCGCGAGAAUCAACAAGGAUUACUUGACCUUCUUCAAGCUCGUUUAUCAUAUCAAGGAUACCUUUGACGCAUACACGGACAAGAUGUUUCCGCUGAAGCAAAGGUGUUUAGAUGUGCUGUACAAAACGGUAGCACGAGUAUAUAUCGACCCGCGUAAUUUGAUGUGUCUGGACAACGAGGAAAUGAAGACGAGAUACUUGAAGCAUCACUUGGGAAUACGAGUUGCAACAUUGCCUCGGGACAUUGAUCUCGCGUGGAUGCCGACUGUGAAUUUGAAGGAAACGUUGAAGACGUUCCGGAGGAGAUUAGCUAUGGCAUCCAUGCCGCUCGAGCUCGCCUGGUUAUAUCACGAAUUUUGCAAGUUUCUCAUCGAGAUACACCGCUUCGACCUGGCUAGAUUCUACGCUAAGAAGGGACAAGACAUGGCGCAGGAAGCAAAUUGUGACCAAUGGGUCCUGAAUAUGGAUCAUCUGAUGCUGCGGAUAGAGAUUUAUCAGAAUAAUCGGAACGAGGCGAGAGACAUGGCGCUUUUAACGCUUGCACAUGCCAGAAAACUUAAUAUCGACUGUCUGAUAGAUUUCUACGAAAGAGCUGUAAAGAUCGUGGAUGAAAUGGACGUGGAGCGUAACGGUGAUUUAGACGACAUCACUGCUAGGCAGCAGCUUAUCCUCGAGCUGAUGCCGAAAGAGAUGAAAGGGGAGGUGGAUUUUCUGUGGCGGCGAAUGGAUGUCGUGCCCGCCAAGAGACGACUCUCCGUCAUGCCGGGUUGCAAGCCAAUCGAUCGAAAGUUCAAAAUGCCAUCCACGCGAAGGACCAUAUUACCCAGCCCGCCAAAGGACCCGGAGAGGGAUGCCAGGAUCAUUUUGUUAAAGCAGUACGCUCAACCGCGCAAGCGACCGGGUUUCGUGAAUUUUCAGGAGUUCGAAUAA